UAGCUUUGAUUCAGUCUGACGCACAGACAGUCAGCAGCGAGGCACGAUGGAGGUUACAGCUCUCUGCAUCAGACUGUUGAUGAACAUUUUGAUGCUGCUGGUUGCACAUGCUCUGAAAAGUUAUCCUCAGACAUCUGAUGGAUAUGUUCGUAUUGUUCCAACCAGACUGCAGCUCUUUGAAUACGAGUCUGUCCAGUUUACCUGUGAGGGGUUUAAUGGCCCAGCUGGAUGGAAAGUGAGGAACUUCAAGGAAUUUGUUCCAAAAUGUUCAAAUGGCACACUGACGUCAACAGUGAAGUGCACCAUUGACUAUGCCUUUACAUCAGACAGUGGAGAAUACUGGUGUGAAGGCGGAGGAGGAGAGAGGAGCAACACUGUCAACAUCACUGUCACUGCUGGUUCUGUGAUCUUGGAGAGUCCUGUCCUUCCAGUGAUGGAGGGAGAUGCUGUCAGUCUGAGCUGUAGAGUGAAAACUUCCUCCAAUCUCACAGCAUAUUUCUAUAAAGAUGGACUCCACAUUCAGACCAGUUCCACAGAACACAUGAUCAUCCACAGUGUUUCCAAGUCUGAUGAAGGACUCUACAAGUGUAGCAUGUCUGGAUUUGGAGAAUCACCAGAGAGCCGGCUGACUGUCAGAGUGAAGAUCCCAGAGUAUAACAGCUCAGUGAAUGAAAAUGGGGACCCGAUUGCAGAACCUGCAGACAGAACAGCAUCCGACAAAGGGAUACAUUUUUCCCACCUUUACUACGUAAUGCUGUGGGUCGUCAUCGCUGUCGUAUUGGUUCUGCAGCUGCUGGUGAUCGGAUUACUUUACUGGAAGAAACAGCUAGUCUUACUAGAGGCAAAGAUAAACGAUCCAAUUAAGGACAUGUAUGCUGUCGUCAAAAAACACAAGAAAAAGGAAGACGCUGCAGACGCUGAUAAUUUGAGCCUCUGUCUUCACACAAACCGCAGCACAAAACCACCGACAGAAAAAGAUCAGGAUGAACCACCUCAAUCUUUUCACACCUCCUUUACCACCGAUGACACUUCAGAAGCUCCACAAGAAGAAUCUGCAGUGUCUAGCUUCACAGCGUCAGCAUCUCCCUCAGAGGCUACAGACCCACCUUUCACAGAUCCAGAUCCCCAGUAUGCUUCCAUCCCUGAGAUCACAGAGGAGGAAACGCCUUACUGAGGGAGAUGUUGUUGUUGCAGUAACUGACAGACUUUUCAAAAAACUGUGCUUAAAAUAACUUUUGAAAUCACUUAAUAUCACCUUAUUUGUAUCUGUCUUGUUGUCUCAGUCAUUAUUUGUGAAACAGAAACGUAGUGACAAUGUUGUUUAGCAAUAAAUCAAAUGAAUAAAUAAAGUAUUUGCUCAGCUGUGUGAUAA